UUCAAGGAGGGUUUUUCCCAAAACCCUAGCCAUCCCAAUUGAGAACACGAAGACGCAGAGAAUUCCCAAUUUGGAUUCGGCGCUUGCUGCAAUCCACGCCGCUGAAGCCAUUGUUGCCUCAGAAGCGUGGUGAAUUUCAGAAUAAUUGUUUUAUUCACCGCUAUAAAUGGCUGCUACAGCUUUUAGUAAGAAAAAGGGAUCAAAGUCACAAAAACUUCAUCCUAGGAAGAAGCAAAGGAAUGAGUCUUUCUCUACUGGACAUACAGAAAAAGAUAAUCUUUCUAGUGAUUCUGAGACUGGAGAUGAAGAAGUAACAGAGCAUGGCCCAUUUGAUGAAGAAGAGGAAAGAAUUGAUUCAGGUUCUGAGGUGUCUUCUGAUGGGGAUGAUCCGUUAGCAGAUGAUUUUCUCCAAGGAAAUGAUGAUGAAGAUAAAGGCUCGGAUAUGGAUUCUGAUUCUGAUGAGUCUGACAUUGAGCAGAAGUCACGAGCUAUUGAAGAAGAGAAGGCAAGAGAAGAAGAGGAAGCAGAGGCUGAAUUGCAACUAAACAUUAAAGAAGAAGCUGAUGAAUUCCGAUUACCAUCCAAGGAGGAGCUUGAAGAAGAGGCAGACCGCCCUCCAGUUCUUCAAAGUCUUCAAAGGAGAAUAAAAGAGACUGUUCAAGUACUUUCAAAUUUUAAGGCUUUGAGACAAGAGGGAGCAUCGCGGAAGGAUUAUGUGGAACAGCUCACGAGGGAUUUAGGCACCUAUUAUGGUUACAAUGAAUUCCUGAUUGGAGUUUUGGUGGAGAUGUUUGCAGUUAAUGAACUUAUGGAACUUAUUGAAGCUUUUGAGAAGCCUCGACCAAUAUGUCUCAGAACCAAUACACUGAAGACACGCCGACGGGAUUUGGCUGGCGUUUUAUUGAACAGAGGCGUAAACUUAGACCCCUUAAGCAAGUGGUCAAAAGUUGGACUGGUUGUAUAUGACUCACAAGUUCCUAUUGGUGCCACUCCUGAAUAUAUGGCUGGUUAUUACAUGUUGCAAGGUGCGAGCUCAUUUUUGCCUGUGAUGGCCCUUGCUCCCCAAGAGAAGGAAAGGAUUGUUGAUAUGGCGGCUGCUCCUGGUGGUAAAACAACCUACAUUGCUUCUCUUAUGAAAAACAGUGGUAUAAUUUAUGCAAAUGAGAUGAAGGAGUCGAGACUCAAGUCGCUCACUGCUAAUUUACAUCGUAUGGGGGUUACAAACACCAUUGUUAGCAGUUAUGAUGGGAGAGAGCUGCCCAAAGUUUUGGGUCAGAAUACAGCUGAUAGGGUAUUGCUAGAUGCCCCUUGCAGCGGUACAGGGGUUAUUUCUAAAGAUGAGUCCGUCAAGACCUCUAAGACCUUGGAUGAUAUACAGAAAUGCUGUCAUUUACAGAAGGAGCUGCUUCUUGCUGCCAUUGACAUGGUUGAUGCUAAUUCAAAAUCUGGGGGAUACAUAGUUUAUUCCACAUGUUCAAUAAUGAUUCCCGAGAAUGAAGCAGUUAUAGAUUAUGCUCUGAAAAAGAGGGAUGUAAAACUUGUGCCUUGUGGCCUGGACUUUGGACGACCUGGGUUUAUUCGCUUUAGAGAAGGCAGAUUUCACCCCUCUUUAGAAAAGACAAGGCGAUUCUAUCCCCAUGUUCACAACAUGGAUGGAUUCUUUGUGGCUAAGUUGAAGAAACUGAGCAAUUCCAAGCCAAAUCAAACAGGCUCUGAGCCAUCAGCAACAGAGGAACAAGUUGCUGAGCCAAUUGAUUCCACGGUCACCGAGAAUACUGGAAAGGAAGCCCAGCUACAUUCACGGAAAGCAGCCCUUCCUGAAGACAGUGCGAAAUUGGAGAAGGGCAAAGGCCUUCCUGGAAAUGAGAAACAUACGUCGCCAUCUUCCACCAGAAAGAGGAAGACAAUGAAGAAUCCUUCUGUAAAGAGAAUUCCAAAAGCAAGAAAAGAGAAGCGACAAGCUUUGAAACAAGACAAGCGAAAAGCUGGGAGGGCAAAGAAGAAAUGACCGAUUUUGGCAGAGGCAAAUGAAGGAAUGGCUGGGGUAUUCGUGGACCACCAAUCAUUGCUCGGUAUCCAAAGAGAAUUUAAGGGCUAAAGCCUCUGCAAUACGAUAUAAAACCAACCACAGGACCAUGUCACUUUACUUCAAUCUGCUAUGGCGGCCUCAGGCAUUGGCUGCCUAUCUAAACUUCCAAUUUCCUGUAACAUAGUAAUGGGGGCAGAGGUUAGGCCAUGGAAGGCCGAAAGUUUUUGUCAGUUUUGCAUUCUUCCCUAGUCUAUGCAGCUGUUGUAUUCUCAAUAGUUCUUUUUAUUCGUAUUGUUUAUGUUGGAUCAGGAUCUCUAACGAAUUCAAUUAUCAGAUUCACGAGUGGGUUGAUUGA